GUCUAGUUCCAUCAUGCAGAGGAUAUAUAAAAAAUUACGAAAAUAUUAAUGAUAACGGUUUAUGUUAUUCUUGCAAAGAAGAAGCAUCAUCAGUAACAAUAAUUCCAUGUUUUCAUAAAAUUGGUAAUUCUUGUGCUUAUGAACAAAUAUGCUCAAAAUCAAAAAGAUGUCCACAAUGUUACUUUUCAAUUCCAUACUUUUUUAAAAUAAAAUUAAUAAAUAAUGUUUGCCAAAACUGCUACAAUGAAAUUGGGGUAAAAAUCAUGAAGCAUUGUCACCAUUAUAUUGGAAAGAAUUGUAUAAAUAAAUAUAAAGAUCAUACGAAGUGUCCAGUAAAAAAUUGUGAAAAAAUUCAAGACCAUUCUUUGAAAAAUGACAGUGAAAAAGUAUGCUGUAUUUGUCUCAUAAAAAGAUCAUUGACAGUAACAUUAAAACCUUGUUAUCAUAAAAUAUGCAAUGAUUGUGCUAAUGAGCUAACCGUACUGAAUAUUACUGAAUGUCCAUUAUGCAGAGAAAACAUAGUAUAUUUUAAUAAUAUAGAGUUAAUAGAAAGAUGUUCAUGCAAAAAAGAACUUAGACACGUAGUCUUAGAACCUUGCCUUCACAAAAUAGGUAUGAACUGUGCUAAAUAUAUUAGUAAUAAUAAUUACCAACCCAAGUGCCCAAUGUGCAGUGAAAAUAUUGAAUUCUUCCGCACCGAUGAACCACACAUAAGUAAUUUAUUAAAUCCAACGUAUUUAAUACGUAUCAAAAAUUUAAUGCUCAAAUAUUUGUAAAAUGAAGAACAUGGUGUAACAAGAAGGAAAUCUAAAAGAUUUUAUUUGAAUACUAUGUAUAUUAUAAUAAUAAUGGAGUAUUUUAUAAUUAUAAUAUAUUAUUAUA